AUGGCACUUCAAGGCACUCUCAUCUCUGCAAUCAUACUUGUUUUUAGCUGUGCAGUGGCAACUAGUAUAGCUACCGCCCCAAGCCAUUACGACGUUGCUUCCAUCAACCGGAGCACCUUUCCGGCAGGUUUCAUAUUUGGGACAGCUUCUUCAGCUUACCAGUUCGAAGGUGCUGCAAAAGAAGAUGGAAGAGGACCAAGCAUAUGGGAUACAUACACUCACAAAAUUCCAGAUAAGAUAAAAGACGGUAGCAAUGGAGAUGUUGCUAUUGAUGCAUAUCACCGCUACAAGGAGGAUGUUGGCAUCAUGAAAAAUAUGGGUUUUGAUGCUUACAGAUUUUCCAUCUCGUGGUCUAGAUUGUUACCAAAUGGAACGCUAAGAGGGGGUGUGAAUAAGGAAGGAAUCAAAUAUUACAACAACCUCAUAAACGAGCUUCUAGCCAAUGGUCUAAAGCCCUUUGUCACACUCUUCCACUGGGAUCUUCCCCAAGCUUUAGAAGAUGAAUACGGUGGUUUCUUAAGCCCUCAAAUUGUAAACCAUUUCCAAGACUACGCAGAGUUAUGCUUCAAGGAAUUUGGUGAUAGAGUUAAGGACUGGAUCACAUUAAACGAGCCCUGGAGCUACGCCAUUGGUGGUUAUGUAAUUGGGACGUUUGCACCAUGCCGAUGUUCUGAAUGGCAAAACCUAAAUUGCACUGGUGGAAAUUCAGGAACAGAGCCAUAUUUGGUCUCACACUACCAGCUUCUAGCUCACGCAGCAGCCGUAAAGUUAUACAAGGAGAAGUAUCAGGUUGAUCAGAUGGGUGUGAUAGGGAUAACAAUACUGUCACACUGGUUUGUGCCUUUUUCUGAUGCCAAGCACCAUGAAGAAGCUGCGUGUUAUCCGUCACACUGGUUUGUGCCCUUUUCUGAUGCCAAGCACCAUGAAGAAGCUGCUCUACGAGCAUUGGAUUUUAUGUUUGGAUGGUAUAUGGAUCCCUUAACAAACGGUGAAUAUCCGCACAGCAUGAGAUCUCUUGUCGGAGAUCGAUUACCCAAGUUCACUAAAGAGCAAUCCGAGAUGUUAAAAGGUUCAUUUGAUUUUCUGGGAUUGAAUUACUACACCGCUAACUAUGCUACUUAUGCACCUCAUCUCAAUAAUGCUGCAAACCCUAGCUACUUUACAGAUGCUGUCGCUACUGUUUCCACCGAGCGUAAUGGUAUUCCUAUUGGUCAAAAGGCUGCUUCAGAUUGGCUGUAUGUUUAUCCAGAAGGAUUUCGAGAACUAUUGCUUUACACGAAGGAAAAGUACAAUAAUCCACUUAUUUACAUCACUGAAAAUGGAAGGGAUGAGCACAAUGAUCCCAAAUUAUCACUUGAGGAAGCCCUAGCCGAUACUCACCGAAUCGACUUUUACUAUCGACAUCUUUAUUAUCUUCAUGAAGCGAUCAAGGAUGGCGUUAACGUGAAGGGAUAUUUUGCUUGGUCUUUGUUUGACAACUUCGAAUGGAAUAUGGGUCACAGUGUUAGGUUUGGCAUCAACUAUGUGGAUUACAAUGAUGGGCUCAAAAGAUAUCCUAAACUCUCAGCACACUGGUUCAAGAAUUUUCUUGAAAAUUAGUGAAGACAUUUGGAUCUGUCACAUCAUACGCAAUAAUGGAUUAAUAAACAAACAAUCUUUAUAUAUGUACCUAUAUGUUCCUUUCAAUAAAAAAAAAAAGUGCAUAGUUUACGUACUUUUUUCCCUUGCCUGUA